AUGAAUCAACCUCAUAUACAUCUUCUUGAUCUUCCUGAUGAAAUGUUAUUAACUAUUUUUAAAAACCUUCAUAAUACUUCUGUUCUUUAUUCAUUCUUGGGUACUGGUAAUAAUCGACUUGAUACUUUAUUGCGUGAUCAAACAUUAACUAAUAAUAUUGACCUAACAUCAAUCGAUGAUAUAACAAUUCUUCAUCAAGCUUUGUUCUGUGUAUUACCUCGCAUUCAUCAUAUCGUUCGAGAUCUUACAUUUGAAACAUCAUCAAUAAAUCGUGUUUUUCGUGCUGGAACUUAUCCAAAAUUAACUCAUUUAAACAUUAAAGAUCCAUCAAUUACUAAGAAUGAUGGUUUAUUCCUUCGUGAUUUACAAUCUAAUAUUUUUUCUUCGUCGAUUUUAACAGAAUUAUGUAUUUAUGUACAUACCUUUGAUGAUUGUCUUUAUUUACUUGAUGGUCGCCUUAGCCGAUUAAAUUCAUUUACUGUUCGAGUUUAUGAUGUUGAUACUCGAUCAUCGAUUACUCAUAAUCAAAAUAAUCUAUUAAAAUUGAAAUAUUUUUCAUUAACAUGUCGUAAUGAUAUAUGUACAUAUACAUAUGAUAAUCGAAUUAUUCCAUUACUUCAUCGUAUGCCAAAUCUUGAACAAUUACUUUUAUGUCUUACUAUUAGAAAUCAUAAUGGCUUAAUCGAUGGUACUCAUCUUCAAAAUGAAAUUCUCAUUUAUAUGCCAUUUCUUAACAAUUUUGCAUGCGAUAUUCGUACACGAAAUUUAAACAAUGGUUCAUUACCAACUUUAUCGAAUGAUGAUAUUCAACAAACUCUUUCUAAUAUCAAGUAUGGAUCAAUGAUGGGUAGUAUCCGAUAUUUUUCAACAAAUAGUUAUCUUUGUCAUAUCUUUACACUUCCAUUUGCAUUUGAUCGUUUACAAUGUCUUACGAAUCAUUUUCCAAAUGCCAUAUUUGAUCGUGUUUGUUAUUUGUCUAUACAUGAUGUAUUACCAUUUGAACAUGAGUUUUUUACUCGAUUAUCUCAAGCUUUUCCAUCACUUAAACAUCUUACUGUAAUGAAUACAAUAGCACAACAAAAUAAUAAUCAGUCUUAUUCACUUAUUGAAUUUAAAAAUCUCAAUUAUCUUAAUGUUAUGCCUGCAGAUAUUAGCUAUCUGGCACAAUUUUUACUUAAUACAAGAACAAAUCUUCCUUCAUUAGCUGAAUUACAUGUCAAAUAUAAACACUUAAAAACUGUGACAGAAGAUUUUACUAGAGAUGCUACACGAUUUAAUUGUACUAAAAUAAAACGAUUACAUACAGAAGGAACCUUAGUGCAUUCAAAUGAUUAUUUUCGUUAUUUUCCUUUGAUAUAUAAUUAA